CACAUCGUAAGUAGAGUACUACUCUCUCUACGGUCGCAUCGCACCCAAGCCAAGAAGCAUCCUUCCUUCUCAACAAAACAAUCCCACGUAUGUAUAUAUGUAUGUAUUGGCACACUCACUCCCUCACUCACUCACACUCGCCUCACUUUUGCUUACAGUGAAUCGGAAAUGCGCACUUACCCACUCACUGUGUGCGAUUAUUUAUGAAGUGCAUCUUAGCUCCGCUCACCUCCAUUAAUGGCGCUCAGUAGUUAAGCGUGAUCUUUCGCUUUUUCACGGAUUUUCUCUCACUAAUUUUUCCCUACAUAUAUAGCUUCUCUACUGCCUAUAUACUCCUAUUACCACCAACCAAUCCAUUUUCGCCUCCAUUUUAGACACGACACUCAUUAUUGCUGCCGCAGCUUUUAUUUGCCUCCUUUACCUGAUUGGUGCGGUGCAGAUUUUCUCUGCAAAUCUGUGAUGGAGUUGAGCAAGGUGACGCUGGAGAUUUUCUCCAAGCUAGAGCAGAAAUGGCUGCACCACUGCGAGGGCAAGAAGACGCGUGUAUUAAGCAUCGAUGGCGGUGGAACAACCGGCAUUGUCGCCUGUGCCGCCUUGGUCCACCUCGAGGACCAGAUCCACGAGAAAACCGGCGAUUCCAAUGCGCGGAUUGCCGAUUUCUUCGAUAUCGUUGUCGGCACGGGAAUCGGCGCUCUCCUCGCCGCGAUGCUCGUCGCCGACGACGGCUCAGGCCGUCCACUCUUCUCCGCACGGGACGCCUCGAAGUUUUUGGAGGCGAAUCAGGCGAAGCUGUUCAGAGUGAAGAAGCUGGCUGGAUUCCGGCGGCGGAUGAGGUUUUCCGGUCGGAGCAUGGACACCGUCUUGCAGGCUGCUUUCCGGCGGGAGGACGGCAAGGUUUUGACUCUCAAGGACACGUGUAAGCCUCUCCUCGUGCCGUGCUUCGACUUGAAGAGCUCGGCGCCGUUCGUCUUCUCCCGUGCCGACGCCUCCGAGUCGCCGAGCUUCGACUUCGAGCUGUCGAAGGUGAUCCGCGCCACGUCGGCGACGCCGUCGAUGUUGAAGCCGUACAGACUCUCGUCCAGCGACGGUAAGAUCUCAUGUCUGGCGGUGGACGGCGGCCUGGUGAUGAACAACCCUACCGCUGCCGCCGUCACUCACGUUCUGCACAACAAGCGUGAUUUUCCGUCUGUGACCGGAGUCGAUGAUCUAUUGGUGCUCUCCAUCGGCAAUGGAGCGCUGAGCACUCCGUCUCCGGUGAAGCUCAGCCGCAGCGGUGACUGCUCGACGGCGUCGGUCGUCGGCAUUGUCCUCGACGGCGUCUCCGAAACCGUUGAUCAAAUGGUGGGGAAUGCCUUCUGCUGGAAUCCAAACGAUUACGUCAGAGUUCAGGCUAACGGCGUCGGGAUUAGGGCGGAGGACGUGCUAGCGGAGAGAGCGGUGGAGUCUUUGCCGUUUGGCGGGAAGCGGUUGCUGACGGAGACUAACGGCGGGAGGAUCGGAGGGUUUGUGCAACGGCUUGUUGCAUCGGGAAGGAGUAGCCUGCCGCCGAGCCCGUGCAAAGAAACGGCCGUUAGUCCCCUGGUUAACGGGCGUUAGAUUAUUUUUGUUAGAUUUGUUUUGAUAUAAUUUUUGUCUUUUUUCAUUCAGUUUUAUAUUAGGCAAUGUCAGUUAACUGUCUCUCUUUGUCAACUUUAACCAGUAGCCGUACAUUUAAAUAAGAGGGAGCGGUUUGGCAUAA